AUGCCUCCACGUCGUGAUGCGUUCGGCAGUGGCUGCACGAACUUCUCGGUUCAAACUGCACCACCUGGCAGCGCUACACCCGCCAGUGUACGCUUUGGUGCUGGUCAGCGGAAACUGAAGAGACAGGAGAUGGACGAGAUUGUUGCAAGAAAUAAGGCGCAAAGAAAAGUUUUUACAUGGCUUCAGCAGAACAGAUUUUCCAACGUCAAUGCGGAGAGAUGGUUUUUGGGCAGGGCGUACUAUCCUCUUCACGCGGCCGUCCGAGAGAACAAUACAGAGAUGGUCAAGCUGUUGCUGGAGCUGAAAGCCGACCCAGUGAAGAAAAAUUCGGGAGGCCAAACUCCUCUGGAGUACGCGCAAUCCAAGCAAAGGUCCAGUGUUAUUACGGACUUGCUCCAAGACUAUGAGUUCACACGACAACCUUGA